AUGAACAAGACCAACCAAACAAUAUCCUAUUUUAUAAUUAGAGGGAUUUCAGAACUUCCUGAACUGAUGCUACCAAUCUUCCUUCUGGUUCUACUUCUUUAUCUCUCCAUUCUUGGUGGCAACAUGACCAUUCUUUUCCUGGUCAUUCAGGAUCAUCAUCUACAUACUCCCAUGUAUUUCUUUCUGGCCAACUUAUCCAUCCUGGACAUCUUUUCUACAUCUGUCACUCUACACAAGAUUCUUACUUCAUUUGUUACUGGAAAUAGAACUGUAACCUUCAUUGAAUGUAUGGUACAUGCAUACUUCUUCAUGGCCUUGCAGUGUACAGAAUUGCUGAUAUUGGCUGCCAUGAGUUAUGAUCGGUAUGUGGCCAUCUGCAAUCCAUUACAUUAUCACAUGGUCAUGAGCCCUAAACUCUGUGUACUGUUAGCUUUCUUAUGCUGGAUAUCAGGUUUUGUUGAAGUUAUACCCCAUGCUUACUUUUUAUCACAUUUCACAUGUUAUACCUCCAUUUAUGUUGACCACUUCUUCUGUAGUGUCUUGCAACUUAUGGAACUUUCAUGUAAUGAAAUGUCAAUGCUAAAGCUCUUGAUUGACAUAGAAAGCACAUUUAUAUUAGGACUCCUACCUUUAUUUAUGACAGUUAUCCCUUAUAUUUUUAUAAUACUUGCCAUACUCAAAAUUCAUACCAGCACUGGCAGACGUAAGGCUUUCUACACAUGUUCCUCACACCUCACAGUUGUCAUACUUCUCUAUGUGACCCUUUACUUACCACCAACUCUAAAAGAGUCCAUUGUUUCCCCAAAACUUUUUUCACUUUUUAACGCAGCAGCGGUGCCUCUACUCAACCCUCUCAUUUACAGCCUGAAAAACACAGGAGUGAGGUCAGCUAUGAAGAGAGGGUUGAAACCUCUGCAUGACAACAUUAACCAGUUCUUCAACUUUCAGAAAUUAGUGUGUUAA